GGAGAAACUGGAAAGGGAGGAGGCGGGAGAGAGCUCCUGGGUUGCUGCUGCUGCUGCUGCUGCGAGAGGCUGUUUCUUUACUCUCCCUGGCAGGCUCUCCUGCUGCCUGGGAAAGUGGGUUACAGAGCGAAGGAGCUCAGCCCAGACUCUGGCAGAGAAGCGGCCAGCCACAGAGAGUCCAAGGAAGCACCCCUACCGUUGGUUGACAGUCGUCUCCUAAAUAUUAAGCGUUUUAGAUUUGCACUCUUUCUUCGGAAAAUUUGUUCCUUCACUUUCUCCCCCACCCCUGCUUGGAUUUGAUGAGAGCUUUGUUAAGUCUCAGAGGGGAAAGAGACUGAGCGAGGGAAAGAGAGAGGCAAAGUGGAAGGGAGUGCGCGCUGGACCCGCCCGAGCAGCCUUGGCAGUGGCUGCUAGCCCAGCGCGCUAGAGCCCCUCUCCGUGGCCAGCAGCGCGCACACGGGAGUCCACCGCGGACCAACUCGCCGAGGCCACCAUGGUCGGGAGAGUUCAGCCCGAUCGGAAACAGUUGCCGCUGGUCCUACUGAGACUGCUCUGCCUUCUUCCCACAGGACUGCCCGUUCGCAGCGUGGAUUUUAACCGAGGCACGGACAACAUCACCGUGAGGCAGGGGGACACGGCCAUCCUCAGAUGUGUGGUAGAAGACAAAAACUCAAAGGUGGCCUGGUUGAACCGCUCUGGCAUCAUCUUCGCUGGACAUGACAAGUGGUCUCUGGACCCUCGGGUUGAGCUGGAGAAACGCCAUUCUCUGGAAUACAGCCUCCGAAUCCAGAAGGUGGAUGUCUACGAUGAGGGAUCAUACACAUGCUCUGUUCAGACACAGCAUGAGCCCAAGACCUCCCAAGUUUACUUGAUCGUGCAAGUUCCACCAAAGAUCUCCAACAUCUCAUCAGAUGUCACUGUGAAUGAGGGCAGCAAUGUAACCCUGGUCUGCAUGGCCAAUGGCCGCCCUGAACCUGUUAUCACCUGGAGACACCUUACACCAACUGGAAGAGAAUUUGAAGGAGAAGAAGAAUAUCUGGAGAUCCUAGGCAUCACUAGGGAGCAGUCAGGCAAAUACGAGUGCAAGGCUGCCAAUGAGGUCUCCUCAGCGGAUGUCAAGCAAGUCAAGGUCACUGUGAACUAUCCACCCACUAUCACGGAGUCCAAGAGCAAUGAAGCCACCACAGGACGGCAAGCUUCCCUCAAAUGUGAGGCCUCUGCAGUGCCUGCACCUGACUUUGAGUGGUACCGGGAUGACACCAGGAUAAACAGUGCAAAUGGCCUUGAGAUUAAGAGCACGGAAGGCCAGUCCUCCCUGACAGUGACCAAUGUCACUGAGGAGCACUAUGGCAACUAUACCUGCGUGGCUGCCAACAAGCUGGGUGUCACCAAUGCCAGCCUAGUCCUUUUCAAGCGUGUUUUACCCACAGUCCCCCACCCCAUUCAAGAAAUUGGCACCACCGUACACUUCAAGCAAAAAGGACCCGGGUCGGUGAGAGGAAUCAACGGAUCCAUCAGUCUGGCCGUACCACUGUGGCUGCUGGCAGCAUCCCUGCUCUGCCUUCUCAGCAAAUGUUAAUAGAAUAAAAAUUUAAAAAUAAUCACAAAACACACAAAAAUGUGUCACACAGAUACAGAGAGAGAGAGAGAGUGCAAAAUGGGGGGAGACUAUUAUUUCUCAAGUCUGUGUGUUUAUAAAUGAAGGGGGAAUAUGAAAAUGAAGAAAAUGCAACACUAAAAACAAUUUUAAGAUCCAUCAAUAAAAAUUUGAGUAUAAUUUAGGGUGGGAAAACCUC